UUGAGUCUAUAUCAGUCUCUAGAAUCACCACUACCACAUAAGUAAGCUAUCAUUUACAAUUUUCGGUACAGAAAAAUAAGAUAGAGCUGGGAAACAAAAAAAUGGUUAUGUCUAAGGUUCUGGUAUCAUUAGUACUUUUCAUUUCUCUCUGUAUCACUUCUAGUAUUGAAGCACAUCCCAUUCAUGUUCCAAAUCGAUCUCCAGUUGCACUAAGAAGGCUUGUUGCCGUUCAAGGAUAUGUUUCCUGCAAGCCAUGCAUAGAUGUUGGCCAAGAUACCCUUAUGCACUCUGUACCUCUCCCAGGUGCUACGGUGAAGAUGAUAUGUCACGGCAAGACUCAAGAUAACCCACUAAUCCUAAGUGCUGUGACAGACAAGGGGGGUUUUUUCUUCAUCCCACCCACAAAGAAGGUGAGUGAAUUUGGUGCAAAGAAGAGGUGCAGAGUCUACCUACAUUCACCACCAACCCACUCCAAGUGCCAACACUCAACCCACAUGAACGGGGGUCUAAGUGGGGCUUACUUGAGGUCCAUCAAGCCAUCUAAAAGUUCUAAACCUCUUCCAUUUGCGCUCUACACUGUUGGUCCCUUUGCUUAUGAACCACUCCCAUCAGCAUGCUACAAAGUGUAGAAGUAAUUUUCAUGAUGAGUUACUAAUUUCCUGUGCUAGUUUUCUAAUAUAUCACCGUAUGUAGAUUAAAGGGCUUUGUUUGAGUUAAUUCUUAGGGUUUAGUCAAAGUUACGGUUUCUUAAUUUCACUAGGAUUGUUUAGCUACUUGUUCAGACUUCAGAGCUUGUUAUGUAGUAACCCCGAAAAACGUAAUGUGAUGAGUUGUCCUGUUGGCCAUAAUCAAGCAUCUAAUAAUAAAUAAAUUAAGUCUA